UUCUGUGACGCCACGGUGCUCGCGCCGUCGCGACCAUCAAAACUUUAACAACGAAAUAUGGCUGCAACUUAACUGAAAGCGACGUACACGUCGUCAGUGAACUUUGGACGUUAAAAUGAGCGAGGAACAAGAACAGUGCGAUUCAUUCAAUUCUUGGGAGCUGAACGGGUUGAAUUCUCUUGAUCUUUGGGACUACACCGUCGAGCUGGAGUGCCUGCAAGGAACUGAAGAUUUGCAACUGGCGGCCGAACUCGGGAAAACCCUACUCGAACGCAACAAGGAACUCGAGACAGCCCUUCGCCAGCAUCAAAAUGUUAUUGAAGAUCAAGCACAAGAAAUCGAAUAUCUUACAAAGCAAACGGUUGCUUUGCGAGAGGUGAAUGAUUCAAGGUUGAGGAUUUAUGAGCAACUGGAACUCAGUAUUCAAGAUUUAGAACGAGCUAACCACAGACUAGCUGUCGAUCAUGCAGCCGACAAGAAACACAUUAAGUCAUUAUGCUCAAACAUUGACACUGUGGAGGCCAAAUGCGAAGAACUACAAAAGACUGUGGACGAACUUAACGUUCAACUAGAGAUCUACAGGCGAAGAGCUGAACGAAAACCCGAAAGCGAAAAACCCAAAGAGAAAGAGAAAUCUGAACCAUCGCAGAAUUGCAAGAAACACGAGGUAAAUAGUACACCGAAGACGGUAGCACCUCUCCCGGAACUGACUAAAGAGGACGAGGAUUUACUGAGGCUUAGCGAUGCACUGCGAGAGAGUAAAGUGGCUUUCGCACAAGAGCAGAGACGAGUCACUGAACUGGAGGAGCAAUUGGCUUCUAUGGUGCAAGAGAACAACAGACUACACGACCAGCUUAGGAACUGGCAUACGAGAGAAGAUGAGCCCAAGUCAAUGCAAGAGGAAUUCUCUAUUCUCGAAGAAGUCAGACAAGGCCAAUUGUGUAUCAGGUGUCUGAGAGGUGUCGAACGAGAUGACAUGUCUUCUAUGCUCGAUGGUGAUGACGACGACCGAAGCGCCAUCAGCUCCGUCAUAUUGCCUCCAUCGGGACAAGACAGCCCACGUGAAGAUGUCACCAAUAAACUCAUCAAAUUCGACAACGCCAAGGAAAAACUACUGAAAGGUACAUGGGCCAAUAAAGACGAUGGUAAUGCAAACCCAUACAGAGAGCUGGUUGAAAAGUAUGAGGCCCUACUCGAAGUGCAGCUGUCACAAGUUAAGAACAUAAAGAAGAACAAACAGAACAUUACGCCGAAUUCGCAGAACCAAUCAGGACCGGUCUCGCUUCAAGAUGAACUUCAAACAUCAGGAGAUUACAGUCAGUUCAGCAUCAAAGAUACCGAUGAGGAGAGUGGCCAUGCUGAUGAAACUCAAAACAACGACAAACAACCCCAGAAACCUGAGCCAACAUCACGAAAGAAAAUUAUUCAAACCCCGGACUUUUCCGAAGCAGAGACCUCAAGCUCCGGAUUUUCGGAUGAGACGAGCAACAAGGCAACGCAAACUGAACGCGAGCGACCCGGUUCGUUCUUGUGUACUAUCGCAGAUGGAGAGGACUACCGCUUCAGCAUCUAUGACGACGUCAGUCCAAUGGACAGUCGAUUCCGCAACAGGCCGGAAUAUCGAGAACUAUUCAAAGAGAUCUUUACAAUACUUAAGAAAGCGGCCGAAAAUAAAGACGACGGUGAACAACUUCCCUUACUAGAUGACACAACGGCGGGAAAAGUGCCUCCCGUCACUCCGGCGACGGAGGAUCCCCCGGGUAACUUCACCGAUGACACUCAAAGCAUUUUUUCAUCUGUCAUGUCUGAACAAUCCAUUCCAGUCUCUGAUAUCACCGCACCGGAAACGCCCACACUCAAAGAACCAGAGAAGGAGAAACCAGAUAAAGUGAAAGUCGAACCGAAAGAAAAGGUAACUCCAGAAACGAGCAAGAAGAAAGCGGUGGGUGAUAACAAAGAAAACAAACCAGUGGACGAUAGCACCACCGAGAUAUCAAACGAACAAGAGAAGGAAAAAGAACGAGUGCUCACACCGUUGGUGCGUCAGCCGCUGGAGUACAUAGCGGCGACUAGAAAGAAAUCCAGACAUCGCAACAGGAAACACAGUCAGGACCGACAAGGCGCCGACAGCCCGGUGUAUCCUACGCCGCCCAAAGUAACUUAUCAGAAAUCAUCGAACAAGAAGAAACGUGAUUAUAGGCCUAUAGAAGUAAGUCCGCUCGCCAGAGCUGACACCGAAUGGAACGGUACCACUUUGCAAUUCUACAAUAGGAAUUUCAACUCCCCAACACCGAGCGUGAGUGGCCGAACUGGUAAGAUCUAUCAAGGCUGGAACCCCGAGACAGACACGUGGGACAUAAAGCAGAGCACCGCCUCGCAGGAAAUACACAAACUCAGGAAGUUGGAGCUAUCCUACGCCGAGGUGCUCAGAAACGCCGAUAAGACUAAAACCAGGCGAAAGAAGCAUCAAUAAUUAUUUUAAAAUCAUCGACCCCUCUUACUUCUAGUAAGAGUCGAGUGAUCCAACCGCCAUUUGUCUUUGCCAACUGGACAUAAGUAAUAUAGUUUAGUUUUAUUUUGUGAUCUGGUAGAGUAACUAUUAAUUCCUAUACUAUUGUAACCACGGUUCGUGGAUUGCCAUAAUACAAACCCGGAAUUAGUCACAGCGCGAUAUAAAUAAGAGUAAAUAAAUAUAUUCUUAUAUAUUUAGCAGACACGAUAUCGAUUUUAACAAACUUCCCUCCGAAACAUUACGAUCACAGAUAUGAAAUCAUUUUGCAUUUAAUGAAACCAGGGCACCGGAGACUUUAAUUAUUUUUAAAUUCACUACUAGUAAUAGUAUCGUGUUUUAAACAGAGCAAUUGAGUUUUAACGCUUAGAAACGCUUAGCUCUUCUGUUACUAUUAGUCAUUACUAAUAUAAUUGUAUAUUAUGUAUUUGAAUUUUAAUUUGUAAAUACGCAAUUUUAAUUUAAUGAUAUUAUUAUAUUUUUUAAUUGCCAUCGUUAUUUUCAAACGCGUACCGUCUCGCACGGGAAUGUAUUCAAUGCAGACAACAGCUGGUUGGAGGUAUGAAAUAAAAAUUUCAAUUGAUAUUAAAUAAUA